AUGGCCGCGAUCUCAUCGGAAGCCGCCUCCAUGUCGAAGUACCCACCGCUACCGAUCGACCUCGGGUUCGACCUCGAUGAGGUCUUGAUCGACCUAGAGUCCUGUUCUGUCCUCCAACGCAAGAUGGACGAGUCUGAGUCGUCGCUCUCGGCCAUGCCAACAGUGGCCUCCGUGACCGGAGCUUGCCCGAUUUGCAUGGAGGCCUUCCGCGGCGACAACAGGCGAGCCUCCUGCGGCCACGUCUACCACGAGCCCUGCAUCGCCACGUGGCUCUCGCUCGGUGGCUCCUGCCCCUUGUGCCGCUGCGACAUCAUCUCCGCCUCCCAACCCUAA